UGUUUCUGAAACAUUUUUAGAAUGCGUUACGGAACACGCACGACUGUCGUGACAGAAAAUUGAGUCAGUUCCGCAAGCAGAGCGCGAGAGUUGUGUCUUGUGUAUCUCCUGUGUUCCGUUUAUAGUUACAAAGUGCAUUCUCGUAUAUGAUGGCGUCCGCGAAAAGAAAGCAAGACGAGAAAAAUUUGAAAAUAUUACGCGAGCUGGUCUCACAACCUGGUAAUAAAGAAUGUUUCGAUUGCCAUCAGCGAGGCCCAACUUACGUCAACAUGACAAUCGGUUCAUUCGUCUGUACCUCUUGUUCUGGUAUGCUGAGAGGCUUGACACCGCCACAUAGAGUAAAAUCUAUUUCUAUGGCAACAUUUACUCAAGAAGAAAUAGAUUUUAUAAAGGAACGUGGUAAUGAAUAUUGUAGAAGAAUAUGGUUAGGCUUGAUGAACCAAAAUUCGUCACAGACUUUAGAUACAAAAGAUGAACAAAAGAUGAAAGAUCUAAUGAGUGCAAAAUAUGAGCUUAAAAGAUAUUAUUUGGAUCCGUCCAUGGCAAAUCAGAACUCAAAUCAAAAAUCACAGUCAUCUAAUCAAACUAACAUUCCAAGGGUUCCACAUUCUGGAACAUCUACUACAACAUUAUCUUCUACAACAUCUACAUCAGCUUCGAAAACAAACAAUGUUGAAUCAGUUAAUUUUAAUAACUUUUCAACAGAUUUUGUAGCUGAUUUCAGCAAAGUUCCUGAUCCAUUUAUUACUACUACAACACCUGCAAAUAAACUCAGUCAACCUAUUGUACCUCAGUCAUUCUUUGCCAAUUUUGACAACAAUCCUGUUUUUGACAGCCAAAAAGAUACAAAUAUCGAAUCCUUAAGUCCAUUUAGUCAGACUACAGGAAAUAUGACUAAUUCAAUGAAUGCAAAUGGUGCACAUGUACCUCCAUCAGAAGAUCGUUAUGCGGCACUGAAAGACUUAGAUUCUCUAAUGAAACAAAUACAAUUGAAAGAUGAUACUACAACAACAUUAAAUACAUCCACAUGGAAUACUAAUAAUGCUUCGAAUUCACUCUGGAGUGUAGGAAAUCAAACUACAAAUGUAAUUUCAAAUCCAUUUGCAACUGGUGAUUUAUGGCGACCAUCUAAUGUAGUUAAUAAUAAUACACAAUCAAUUGAUACCUCGCUAUAUAAUCCCAUUAAUCCUUUUAAACCAGUACAAUUUCCUAUGAAUAAUGAUCCGCAGUGGGUAGGUAUUGGACCAUCUAGUAACAGAGAUGUAAUUCAAUUUAGUCAAUUAAUGACAAAUAAAGUAUGGCAACCAACUCUUCCAGCAUAUCAUGCAAAUCCAUUCAUGGUUGGUUCUGGCGUGAGCAACAUGACAAGAAAUUCGAACAAUCCUUUCUUAUGAUUAUAUAAGCAUAAGUUUCUAAUGGAAUUACGAACAAAUAAUAUAGACCUAAAAUAUGUUUAGUUUAGGGCAAUUGUUUAUAUAUGUGACCUUAUUGGCAAUUAGUGCCAUUAACUUUUAUCUACAGGAGCACCAAUCUCUUAUUCAUAUAACAAAAAAAAAUAAUACUUUUAUUUAUGAAUAUAAUAUACACGUUAAAUAAAGAUUAAUAUUUGUUACCAAUCGUGUAUUAUGUCUAGUAAAAUCAUCCCUUGAUACAAUUCAAUUUCACUGUGUCUUAUUAUAAAUUAUGUUUGUAUAUAUAAAUUUUGUACAUAUAUAAAAACCCGUUUAAUUUUAAUAUAAUAAAACAUGUACAUAUUUUAAAUAUUAGGAACAAAAAUUUUUAAAUAUUUCUAAAUUAAAUCAUGUUUAUUGGCGAAAAUAUAUCUAAUAUGUAAAUAUAGCAAAGAAAAUUUAAUUUUUAAAAAUAUGUCGUAAUAAUUAUACACAUAAUAAAUAAAGGAUUGAAAAACAACUACAUUUUACCUGAUGCACACUUAAAUAUAGUUUAUUUACUUAAAAAUUUCUAAUAAAUACAAAAUCACAAAUGAACACUUAGUCUUUGUCAUAAUUCAAUACCAAUAGAUUCAGAGUAGAGAUCCACUUAACCGGUCAUAGUUGCAUGAUAAUUAACCGUUAUUUGAUCAUUAUAUUUGCAGUCUACAUUACGUGUAGUUGUAAAUAUAUUAUUAAUUGUAAUAACAUGAUCGGUCGUGUUUUACAAUUACAUAUGGAUAUAAAGAGAAGCCUUGUAUCAACUAGUCAAUUGUCAUAUAGCUGCCGUACAAAUGUUUCGUUUCUCUUAGCUUUGUUUGCUAAAUAGUAUGGAAGCUCCAAUGAAUGAUAAGAACUGUUGGUGGUAAUUACUUAGA